AGCUACGCCGGGUGAUUGACGCUGAGGCCCAACUAGGGGGAGGCGGGGCCAAAGCCGGGGCCUGACUAAACCUGGAUCCUUGGGUGGCCUGGGGGCUUCAUCCUAGCCUGAGAGCGAAGAGUCGCCGGGAGCCGCGGACCUCACAGCCGCUCAGGGUUUUUAGAAUUUCCACUAUAAAAAUGGGCAGAAUUUUCCUUGAUCACAUCGGUGGUACCCGUCUGUUUUCUUGUGCAAACUGCGAUACGAUCCUGACCAAUCGUUCAGAACUCAUCUCCACGCGUUUCACAGGUGCCACUGGCAGAGCAUUUCUUUUUAACAAGGUAGUUAAUCUGCAGUACAGCGAAGUUCAAGACCGGGUCAUGCUCACUGGCCGCCACAUGGUUCGAGAUGUGAGCUGCAAAAACUGCAAUAGCAAACUGGGUUGGAUCUAUGAGUUUGCCACUGAAGACAGUCAGCGUUAUAAGGAAGGUCGUGUGAUCCUGGAACGUGCCCUAGUUCGAGAGAGUGAGGGUUUUGAGGAGCAUGUACCUUCUGAUAACUCUUGAAGAAAAAGAGAUAAAUACCGUCUUUUCCCAGGUCUCCUUCACUGAAAACAAAAAUCUACUUACAUACACUGUCACCUUAGCAUCAGAGUCGGAUUCAUGAACUGGGGGACAAGAGGUUGUGAGAAUCCAAGAUGGAAUAUUUCUUUCUUCUCUCUCUCUCUCUCUUUUUUUUUUUAAUUUUCUAUUUUCCAUCCAACAGCUGUGUGUAGAGAGAAUAUGCAGAUGCCAUUAUUUUUUCUUCCCCUGUGUUUACAUCUUAAGGCAGAAUAGUCUUAUCUGUAGCUACAUUGUGGGCUAUGUUAGGAAAAAAUCUGGGCUAUUAGAGUGAAAAGUAGUGUUUCAUGUAAAUUUUGAGAGGAAAAUAUGUCAAGAGCAUGUUUUUUAAACUUAUUUGGGCUUCAUUUUAAAACUUUUUUUAAAACCCAGUUAUUUCAUCUGAUUUGCUAGCUUCAGAGAAGAAAUCCGAAUUUGUAACCAGCGCUAAAGGUUCAGUGUUAGUAUGGCUUGUGCUGGCCAUUGUGCCACAUUCUUGUUGGAGAUGAAUCGUAGCACCAGAGCCCAUUCUUCCUUGUCAUUCUUGACCCAAAGAUGUCACCGUUCCUAAUUAUUUGUCACCACAUAAUUGGUGUGGAUUGGAAAGUUUUUCUGAAAUGGGGCAGAACUGCUGGUUGUCUUUUUUUUUUUUUUUUUCCAUGUAACUUAAGCAUAGUAAUAUAAAUAAAGUAAUAGUUCAAUGUUUUUGGUCCUGUGUUACUUAUAAAAUCACUUUUCAAAAGAGAGGAGUAUUUGAUAAGUAAUUUUUCAUAGUUCUAAGUGUUUCUUUUCCUCUCUAGGCUAAAUUGACUAUGUAUAAGAUAUUACUCUCUGUUUAAAUUAAAGCAUACUGUUUAAACCCCAUGGUAUUGGCAUUUAGAAAACAGUUGAAUGUCAGUGUGCACUCACGCAGGAAGCAUUUAACCUGCGUCUGUUUUAAAAGAUUGGAGGAAAUGAAGCAGUCUGUCUAAAAAUACUACUUUACAAAGUAUUUAAGCCUUUCCCUCUCACUUUUGCUUUGAUUUUGACAGUCUGUAGGCCUUAUAGUUUUAUGAAACACGAGAAUUCUCUCAUUAGCAUUAUUUUUUCACAUCUUCCCUUAGAAGUUCGGCUAUUGAAAUUGAAACUGUACUUGGUCCCCUCACUAGAAAGGGAUCAAAUUUCACUCAGGGUGUUAUUUUAACCCAAAAUUUAUGACAUAAAGUGUUAAAAUGUAAGUGUUUCUUUACCCAAGUACUUGUAGAUAUUCUAGUAUUUGCUUCUGGCAGAAUAAAUGGCAUUAAGAUUGGCUAAUAAUUUAAAUGAAUGAAUAGAAUUUUGAGUGCCCAUUUUCUAGGUCUUUGUCUAGAAAGGAAAUUUGCCUCAAUUUAAUUAGUGAAAUUUUCCUGUCUUUGAUACUAGAAGUGACUUCUAAGUACAGUUAAGAUUAAGUUCCUCUUAUUUACCUUUGGGCUCUCUUGGUCAGAGGCAGAAGUCUCUGAUUAAGUAAGUAUAUAAUACUGCAGUUGAGAUAAGUGGACACAAAUUCUUCUCAUCCUCCUUUUACCAAUAACUAAAUCUUCAAGCAUUAAGAAACUAGGGUUCAUUCCCAUUCGUUUGCCUAUACUGGUCUUCGAUGAUAUGCAGAUUCCUAGUAGCAUGCCUUACCUACAGCACUGUGCAUAUGCUGUCACAAUAAAGUAUAUUUUGUCUUGCA